ACAAUUCAAACACAACAAGAAGAUAUAUAAAGAAGAGCAGAAAGACAUCACGGAAUUUAAAGAAGCAACAAGUACAAACGAAAUAGAAGAUGAAGUGUUUAAUGAUUCUCGCCUUAGCUGUCCUCGCAACCAAUGCAAUGGAAAACCAUCGACAACUAUCAGCGGUGUUUGAAGGCUCAGAACAAGCUUGCAGUGAUACAUGUGACGAUGUUUCUGUAUGGUGUGGCCAUGACAGAAUGAAAGCGUUUUGCAACCACACAAAUUACGUCGGGAUUAUCGUACGUGAGAAAUGUGCCUUAUCAUGCGGUACCUGUCGACUUUGUCCUAAUGUUGAACCUAGGUCAUGCGGAGAAGAAGCAGACACCUGUCAAGACACGAAUAAAUUCUGUGCAACGUACCUCGCCCCUGCCUACUGCAACAACCAUCAGUUGUCAUUCCUCGUGCAAAGAGUUUGCAAGAGGUCUUGUGGGAAAUGUCCGGUUAAUAACUGCGCAAGGUCGUCCGUAUCUAACCAAAUAACAUGCACGGAAGAUUGUGCAGACAUGGAUGCCGAGUGCCAAUAUUGGGCCGAUGUGAUGAACUACUGCAGUCCAGCUUCUCUUUAUAAAACAUGGAUGGAAACAAGGUGCAGAAAAAGUUGCAAGAAGUGCGUAAAAUGUGGAGAAAGUGAACUUAUCGCACCACCUGAGGCGGUAGAGGGACUUUUGGUAGCACCAGCUCGACCUUUGACUGAAGCAACUACUGAGUUGCCAACUACAAGUGAAAUACCAGACACAACCACUGAGCCCCCAACAACAGUUGAAGCAGAAACCGCUGCGAUUGAGGUUUUUACUGAAGUUCCAAGAGGUGCAGUCGGCUGUGACGUCCAAUGUCGCAACGGAUCAUGCUCAGGGCAGGCAGAGAACUCGAUUUGCGUCUGUGACAAGUCAGCUCCUGGAGUCUUAUCACCAAGGUGCGGAGGUCAGUGCGAAGCCAAUUGUGCAAGACCCGACGACUUCACCGGGCAGUGGGAAGUGUUUUGUACCGGAGAAAUUGUGUGCACUUGUCACCCGACAGGCGAUGUUGAAGCCGGGAUACCAGGAGGAGCGUUGUGCAGAUAAUUCUUGCAAACUAUGUAUCAUUCGCUCGUGACUGUGCAAACAAACAUACCAUUUUUAAAAUGUGUUCCUGGUGUUCUUAUGUGUAUUGCCGUUCCUUUUUUUUUAUUUUUUUAUUGUAAUCAAAUCGGUAAAAAAUUGAGGUUUAAUAAAGAAUACAAGGUGCAAAAGAAU